AGACAAUAGGAGUGCAUGGUAUGAACGAAAUGUCAAAUAUUUUUGUCAACAAACGUGCUUCAAGUGAUUACUAGUGCAGAAGGAAUUAUAUUGCAAUAAUUGUGAAAUAUUUGGUCGAACAACGAAAUCAGUCUGCAGACAAUCGAAACUGAACCAUGGAAGGACAAUUCGACGAUGCCCCGGAUGAUAUGACGGAAUUACCAUCAUAUCAUAAAGAAGAAAAGGAAAGACCACCGAUUGAGCUUUCUCCAGAAUCCGAAUUGAGCAAACGACUAACCGAUGCCGAUCUCGAUGAUCACUACUAUUCGGAUUUGGACAGUGAAGAAUAUGACAGCGAUGAUUUCGGGUAUUACGAUGAGCAAGAUGGUCAAUACCAGAAACACAGUCACAACAUCUCCACCAAUCAAUCCCAUGCGAAUGUACAGUCGUCGAGCAACAAGUUGUCCUCAUUCCAACCGAGCGAUAAAUUGUUCAAGAAAUUCACGAACAAAAUCAAUGUGGAAAAGUAUGAAGGGCCCAGGUUACCAAAUCAUGCCGUCAACACAUUGAUGGAAAAUAGUAAAAAGAUGGAUUCAGACCGGUAUCGUUCUAAGGAUAAACACGAUCGAGCUACUGCUGAACAAGUGAUGGAUCCCAGAACCAGAAUGAUUUUAUUCAAAUUGAUGAGUCGUGGUGCGAUUAGUGAAAUCAAUGGCUGUAUAUCAACUGGUAAAGAAGCUAAUGUUUAUCAUGCCGUGUCCAAAGCAGAUGAAGAGUAUGCCAUCAAAAUCUAUAAGACUUCCAUUUUGGUGUUCAAAGAUCGCGAUAAAUACGUUUCGGGAGAAUUCCGCUUUAGACAUGGCUACUGUCGUCACAAUCCCCGUAAAAUGGUGCGAACCUGGGCUGAAAAAGAAAUGCGAAAUUUAGUUCGUAUGCAAAAUGCCGGACUGCCAGUCCCAACACCAGUGAUACUGCGUAGCCAUGUUCUGGUUAUGACAUUCUGUGGGGAAAAAGGUUGGCCUGCUCCAAAGUUAAAAGACGUUGAAAUGAGCUCGUCGAAAGCGCGAGAAUUGUAUCGUGAUUGCGUGAUUCUGAUGUGGAAAAUGUACAGCAAAUGCAAGUUGGUUCAUGCCGAUUUAUCCGAAUUCAAUUUGUUGUAUUACAACGGACAAAUUGUGGUCAUCGAUGUGAGUCAAUCGGUUGAACACGAUCAUCCUCAUGCGUUCGAGUUUCUGAGAAAAGAUUGCACAAACAUUUCGGAAUUCUUCCGGAAACGCGAAGUGGCUACGAUGACGGUUAAAGAGUUGUUCGACUUCAUUACGGAUCCGACUAUAAACGACGACAAUCUUGAUGACUACUUGGAAACGUUAUCGGAAAGAAUUGCAGACCGAGACAUCAAUCAACUUACCGAACAGGAAAAGGUCGACGAAGAGGUGUUCAAGAGGGCCUAUAUUCCCAAACGCUUGGAUGAGGUCAUCAACGUUGAACGUGAUAUCGUUAAGGCGAAAACUGGUGCUGGUGAUGAAUUAGUUUAUACGAAAAUAAUUGGUCUGAAUGCUGAAUUGGCGGUGCAAAAAACACCGGGUCUGCUGCAGAACGAGGAAGAAAUUGAGAAAAUAUCUGAUAAUUCGUCUUCAGCUAGUGGAAGUGAUGAAGAAACAUGUUCCGAUGUUGAUGAUGAUACGAAUAACAGUAAGUUCAAGGAUAGUGCUCGCCCGCGUGACGAAUCACCGGAGAGUAAAAAAAAUCGUAAGAAAGCAGUCAAAGAAGCGCAGGCCGAAAAACGUAAACAGAAGUUGAAGAAACAUGUUAAGAAACGUAAAGAGAAACUUGGAACGAAAAAGAAAUAAUUUAUUUGGAAGAAAGCUUUUGUUUUUUUUUCUCGUCAUAAAAUGUUGGAUUUUAAUUAGCUGUUGGUAAUAAAACAAAACAAUUUAAAUUUUAAACCAAGUACAAAAUUUAUUUUUGUAAUUUUACCUAUUUUGUUGUUACAUUUUACACACAUAA